AUUACUUCCACUUCCACCCCCAUCCAACAUCAGAUUCUCCUUAUUCCCCAUUCCAUGGCUGGAGUGCGGCGGGCUCGUCGAUGCCACAGACGCUAGAGUAGACAGCGCCGGCAGCUGGAUGCUCGCAUGGCUGCCAUGUCGCUGCUGCGUGUACGAAUGGACCGUCGACGCCGCAGACGAGGGGCGCGAGAUGUCCAACCCGAUGGAAGGCAGCUGCUGCCUGUCCACGUCCAGGUGGAGGCUGUUGCUCGUCGAGGACGCCGUCUUGAAGGAUGGCAGGUCUAGCACCUGUAAGAUCGAUGGACGGCGGAACGAUUCGAGGGCCAAUGGCCGUGGGAGGAUCGUGGUAGCCAGCGCGGAAGCCGUGGUGGCGGUCGUAGGGCAGGAGAAACGCUGGGCGAGCGCUUCUCUCUUCUAUUGCUGGGUCGUGGGGUUCGACGAAGGAGUCGUGGUGACGGCGGCGCGGUUGCUGCUGUCGUCGAUUGUGCGUUGGUCUGUUCGUGCUCGAGAUGGUAGCAAGAAAGGGUAUUACGAUUGUGGGUUGCGAUUGGAAUUACAAGAAUACGUGGAUGGAAUCUCGACAGAGAAGGACCGAAUUACUGGCGAUUGAUCGAUUGAUCGAUUGAUUAAAGAGAUGGUCGAUAAAGGUGAUUAAUAGCGUAGUUGGUAGCUAAUGAGCGUG